UGGUUAAGCAUAACCUCAAUCGAUUUUGGCUAUUGAGCGUACGCAGUUGAAGAAUGGUCAACACGCAAUUGCGAGUGAUGGAAAUUCGAUUCGAAGCAAAUAGCAAAAAUCAAUAAAGAAAAAUCUUAGCAAAAAGGGAAAUAUAUUGAGAGUGCACUUGAAGUGUGUGUGUGCGUAUAUAAUGGAAUGUCUUGUUACUGGUAAAAUAGCACAACGAUUUGUCGGGCUGCUGUUGAAACGCAGCGAUUGCUCAAAAAGCCAAACACUUCGCUUUACCACCACUCUCGGUCGAUGUGAUGAUGAUGAAAGAGACAACAAUAAGCUCACUGCACACGAAGGUCACCACACCACAAACCGAAUUUAUCAGCCGUCUUGUGAGAGACUUGUUUUUUCUACAUCAACAACAACAGUAGUAGUAGCAGCAGCAACAUAUAGACCUGUUUACCCGCAUCUCAUUCACUGGAACAAUCAUUCGACGAAUCAACAACCAAGAUUUGCACGUCACAAUCGUUUCUAUUGCACAGCAAAAACAAUACGCAAGAAAAUGGGCAAGUUAAGUGAUGCAGAACGUAAAGAAUUGUUAGAGCCAUUGCUUGCCAAAGGAUGGACUUUGGUGAAUGGUCGUGAUGCCAUUUACAAAGAAUUCCUAUUCAAAGACUUUAACCAGGCCUUUGGCUUUAUGACUCGCAUUGCAUUGUAUGCGGAUAAGGUUGACCAUCAUCCGGAAUGGUUUAAUGUGUACAACAAGGUGCAAAUAACACUCUCAUCUCACGAUGUGAACGGAUUGAGCAAAAGAGACAUCAAUGAAGCUACUUUUAUUGAAAGUAUUGCCUAAUCGGCCAGAACAUACAACUCGGAAGACAAUAAAAUUCAAAACGGAUUCGGAUUUAGUGAUUUCUUUUUUUUUUCUCUGUUAAUGUUCGAUGGAAUUUGUUGCAUGUUAAAUCGCUGACAAAACAAAAAAAUACAGGAAUCUUAAAUUAAAAUGCAGUCUCCAUGAU